GCGUGUGGCGAUUGCGAUUGCGUGGUGAGCGGGUGGGAAGCGAAGCUCCGAGGAUCCGUUCGGGCGCCGCGGUAGUGAGGGGCCCCGAGCACUCAAGGCCGGGGAGUGUGGAGCAUCUCCGUGGGUGGUCCCCCAAGUCUGAGCUCCCAGGCGUCAUGGCGGUCCGAGCGUCCUUCGAGAACAAUUGUGAGAUCGGCUGCUUUGCUAAGCUCACCAACACUUACUGCCUGGUGGCCAUCGGGGGAUCGGAGAACUUCUACAGUGUGUUCGAGGGUGAACUCUCCGAAACCAUCCCCGUGGUUCACGCGUCCAUCGCCGGCUGUCGGAUCAUCGGACGCAUGUGUGUGGGGAACAGGCAUGGCCUCUUGGUGCCCAACAACACCACCGACCAGGAGCUGCAGCACAUUCGCAAUUGCCUCCCAGACUCCGUGCAGAUCCGACGGGUGGAGGAGCGGCUCUCAGCCUUGGGCAAUGUUGCCACCUGCAACGACUAUGUGGCCUUAGUUCAUCCAGACCUGGACAGGGAGACAGAAGAGAUCCUUGCUGACGUGCUCAAGGUGGAAGUCUUCAGACAGACAGUGGCUGACCAGGUGCUCGUUGGAAGCUACUCCAUCUUCAGCAAUCAGGGGGGGCUGGUGCAUCCCAAGACCUCAAUUGAAGACCAGGAUGAGCUGUCCUCUCUCCUUCAGGUGCCCCUCGUGGCGGGCACUGUGAACCGAGGCAGCGAUGUCAUCGCCGCCGGGAUGGUGGCCAACGACUGGUGUGCCUUCUGUGGCUUGGACACAACCAGCACGGAGCUGUCUGUGGUGGAGAGUGUCUUCAAGCUGAAUGAAGCCCAGCCCAGCACCAUCGCCACCAGCAUGCGGGACUCCCUCAUCGACAGCCUCGCCUGAGUCACCUGCAUGUGCUCCAUGGGCUGUACCUGGUGCUCGUAGGACAUCGGCAGAGCUGACAGGCAGAGGGCCCUGUGCUCAGCCUGCCUUCCCCUGUGCCCAUCUCCUGAUGUAGCAUCACUAUAAACGCCUGUCAUUCAGUGUUGGCUGUUGGGCCCUGUGGCUCCUGGCCGAGGGCUCUGCAGUUUUGUGUCACCCUAUUAAAGGGCAGCAGCCCCUGGCCAUUCUAAA